GACAAACAUCUGAACAAGUACCUCAAGAGACUCCCAAUCAUCCGAUGCUCACUGCACCGAUAGAGUGGCCACCGACGAUUUUCACUCCCAUAUGGUUCCAUUUAUUUUUUGUCGUUUUCGUUUCUUGCUAACUAAAUUAUUGAGCAAAGAAAGCAAGCGGAGCGGAAGAGCAAAUAUGUCUUGCAUAUCGGUUCAGUGUCUGCAACUCUUUCCAUCCAAUUUCCCGGCAAAUUCACAGGGAAACCAUUUUAAGAGCUUUAAGAAUUUCUGCUUCAAGCUUGAUACCUCAGCUGUGACCCUUCGAAUCAGUACUUCCUGCAACAGAGUUGCGUCCAGCAAAGGAGUGAGUGUUAGAGCGGAGGAGAGCAGUCCAGAACCAGAAGAGAUCAUCUCUGGAGAAUGGCCCGAGAAUUUCUCUCUUCUCAAUUACGACGACUUGAUAGCGUAUCUCGAGCCAGAGAUCUUCAAGGACAAGAUGGAUCCUGCAACACUGUUGGGAGAAGUAAUGUCCACUGUAGUUCGAACAGCAACGGUUGAUCAGACCCUGGAGGAAAUCGAUCAUCACUUUGAGAUUGUAUCAGGGCUCCCCGUCAUUGACGAUGAGUUCAGAUGCAUUGGUGUCAUUUCUAAGACAGACAAGCAGAGAGCUUCACUUGGGUUGACGUCAAAGGUGAGUGAGGUCAUGUCAUCUCCUGCCAUAACUUCACUGCCUGACAAGACAGUUCUGGAUGCUGCAGCAGUGAUGCUCAAGGAGAAGAUCCACCGAAUCCCUAUUGUGAAUGAAGAAGGCCAGGUUGUAGGCAUUGUAACUCGCAGAGACAUUUUCAGAGCAUUGGAGGGCCUGCCAGCAUGAGCUCUUUUCCCUUCCCCCCCCCCCUUCCCCCUUGUUGUUAUUGUGUAAAUUGUAUAGUACAGGGUUUUUGGAGUAUGUCACUGACAUAUGGGAUUAAAGCUAUCCUUCUAAAGCAAUGUUGAGUAGAGUUUUUCCCCA